AUGAAGAACUUCUAGUUGAUAAUUAGAUAAGCAAGGAAGUGGCCUGUUCCAUAUACGAAUCCUGUAAGAAGAGGGUAGAGUACAAGUUUUUUUAAAAGUUAGUUUUCAUCCUUUUUCUCGGAGAUUAGGUCUCGAUAGUCCAUUAAUUAUUUUUAUUUGUGAUGUUAAGAUUAAGUUUAAACUUAUUUAGAAGAAGUGGAUUUUAUAACUACAAGCCUUCUAUGCUAUUUUCUUAAGACAAGGAGCCUCCUAUAGGUAUUUUUAUUCUAUUAGAUAAGCAGGUUUCUAAAAAUUUCAAAGAAAAUCGAAAAUCUAGUAAGAACAGACAAUUGAACCAAAAGAAGAAAAGAAGUCUUCAGAAAAACCCAAUCAAGAGGAAGCAGAGAAGAUUAUCAAAGAGGAACAAUAAAACGAAGAUCCAAGUUAAAAAGGUAUGUAUAUGAGGAUUAAUUUUGAUAGUGGAAAAACCAUAGAAAAAGAAGUAUCAAUUUACUUAUGAUCCGAAAUCCUUUAACAUAUAAGAUGAGAAUAAGAAGACAGAGAAGGUGAAAUAAGAUCAAUAAGAGAAGUAGGAGAAGUAAGAGGAAAAAUAAGAAAAUUAAGAAGAUGAGGAAUUAUAAUAAUAAUAAUAACAAUAACAAUAAUAAGAGAAGAAAAAAUCAUAACUUCCAGAAAUUGAUUUAAGCAAGAUUACAGAGUACUUAAAGAAUCCUUAGAAUAGAAAUUAUAUUUAUAUGUUUCUAGGUGUAAGUGGUUUAGCUGCACUUUAUACUUAUUUGAGUAUGGAAGAAGAAAUUACAUAUACUGAAUUUCUCAAGAAUUAUUUAGAAACUAAUUAAGUUAGUGCUAUUAAAGUGUAUAAUAAUGAUAAUAGCAAAGUUAAUAAAGCUUCAAUAAUAACAAAUAGAGGAGAAUCGAAAAGAUUAAUUUUAGGAAAUGUAGAUCACUUUUUAGAAAAUCUAGAACUUUAUUAAACUGAAAAGGGAGUUUAUCCAGAGUAAUUUAUUCCAGUUUCAUUUGAGAUAUAGAUAGAUAAAGCAAAAAUGUUAGAUAGAGCAUUGAAUAUAUUAUAUUAUGGAGUAUCUGCAGUGCUUAUAUUUUAUAUCUUUAAAUCAUUAAAAGGAAGUAUGGGGAAUAUGGGUAAAGGUGGUGGUGGUGGAAAUGAUGUAUUUGGUUUUGGUAAAUCAAAUGUUAAGUAAUUUGGGUUUGAAUAGAAUGUAAAAGUGAAAUUUAAGGAUGUGGCUGGAUUAGAUGAAGCAAAAUUAGAAAUAAAAGAAUUUGUAGAUUUUUUAAAGAAACCAAGAAAAUAUAAAGAAAUGGGAGCAAAAUUACCAAGAGGUGCAUUAUUAGCAGGACCACCAGGUACAGGUAAAACAAUGGUUGCAAAAGCAUGUGCAGGUGAAGCUGGUGUACCAUUCUUUUUUGUAAGUGGAUCAGAUUUUGUAGAAAUGUUUGUAGGAGUAGGUGCUAGUAGAGUUAGAGAUCUAUUUAAAUAAGCUAAAGCUAAAUCUCCUAGUAUAAUAUUUAUAGAUGAAAUUGAUGCUGUAGGUAGAAAGAGAGAUGCAAAGAUAGGAGGUAAUGAUGAAAGAGAUAAUACAUUAAAUUAAUUAUUAGUAGAAAUGGAUGGAUUUGGAACUGAUACUAAUGUUAUUGUAUUAGCAGCUACAAAUAGAAAAGAAUUAUUAGAUCCAGCACUUACUAGACCAGGAAGAUUCGAUAGAUCUAUUGAUAUUACACUACCAGAUAUAGAAGGUAGAAAAUAAAUAUUUAUGGUUCAUUUGGCUCCUAUAAAAUUGGAUCCUUCUAAGACUAUGGAAGAAUAUGCUAGAAGAUUAGCUACUUUAACUCCAGGAUUUAGUGGAGCUGAAAUAGCUAAUCUAUGUAAUGAAGCUGCUAUUAUGGCUGCUAGAGCAAAUAAAUCAUAUGUAGAUGCUCAUGAUUUCGAAAUGGCAUCUGAAAGAGUUAUGGCAGGUUUAGAAAAAAAAAGAAUUAUUAGUGAAGAAGAAAGAAAAACUGUAGCAUUUCAUGAAUCUGGACAUGCUGUUGCCAGUUGGUUUUUAAAAGGUGGUCAUCCUCUUCUUAAAUUAACUAUUAUUCCUAGAAGUAAAGGUUCAUUAGGUUAUGCAUAAUAUUUACCUAAUGAAUCUAGUUUAGAAACUAAAUAAGAAUUAUUGGAUAGAAUCUGUUGUAUCUUAGGAGGUAGAGUAGCGGAAGAAAUUUUCUUUGGUUAAGUUACUACUGGAGCUUAUGAUGAUUUAAAGAAAGCUUAUGAUGUUGCUCAUAGCAUUGUUACUAAGUUUGGUAUGAAUGAGAAUAUUGGAUAUGUUGGAUUCUAAGAAGGAGAGUUCCAAAAACCAUAUAGUGAUAGUACUAAUAAAUAAAUUGAUGAUGAAAUUAGAAAACUAAUAGAAGAAUAAACAAUUAGAACAAGAUUGCUCAUUACUGAAAAAAAAGAUUUUGUUAAUAAGUAUUUUCUAAUAUAUAUAUUUUAGAUUGGCUUCAACUUUAUUGGAAAAGGAGACUCUCGAUUUAUAAAAAAUCAUUGAGGUUUUAGGAGAAAGACCAUUUCCACCAAAAUCUAAUUAUAAAGCAUAUUUGGAAAUCAAAAAAGAAGAUUAACAAACAGCUUCUUAAUGA